CUUGGCGGAGGAAGCUCGGGGGAGGGAGGAAAGAAUUUACAUAGUGUGAAGGGCUGCAGAGAGUUCAGCAGCUCUUGCUUUUGUCAACAGAAAGACAACUAUUCAGCACUGCAGCGGGAUCCCUCAUAUGUGAACUGGUGGGCGUGUGACAUCACCACCCCCCAGGCUCUCCUUGCCUCUAUGCACUCUUUGGCUGUGAACAAUCAGCACACUGGGCCAUCUAGUCACAUGUUUAUCACCCCCCCUCGCCUCCGCCCCUCGUUUGGUAACCAUGACAACGAGCACUGGUCCAGGCAGCAUCUUGCGGUGGUGACAAGAGGAAGGAAGACGGAGGAAGAGAUCAAAUAGAAAAAGGAUCAAAUCCAAACCGGAAUAAUUUUUGGGCUACUCCUCAGAACAAAUGAGAACACCUGAGGCAGGGAGUUAGAACCUUCCACUGGAGAGAGAAACUGACAACUUCAUACAAGGCUGUGGUUGGACCCAGAGACCCCUGUGACGGGUUGAAGGGCCCUAUCAGCCUUGUGUGAGUCUGGACCAUGGGAGAUGGAGGUGUCAGUGCAACUGGAGCAGAAGGGGUCAACCAUUCCCAUAUUCUGUUUGACAAAUUUGUCCAGGCAACCACAUGCAAAGGCACACUCAAGGCCUUCCAGGAGCUGUGUGACCACCUGGAAGUCAAGCCCAGAGAGUGCAGGGUCUUUUACCACAGGCUCAAAUCUAAACUCAACUACUGGAAGGCUAAAGCACUUUGGGCCAAGUUAGACAAGAGGGCCAGCCAAAAGGAGUAUAAGAAAGGCCGUGCGUGUACCAACUCAAAGUGUCUGAUCAUCGGGGCCGGACCAUGUGGCUUACGAACGGCCAUCGAGCUUGCCUUUCUGGGCGCCAAAGUAGUGCUGUUGGAGAAGAGGGAUGCCUUCUCCAGGAACAACGUGCUGCACCUCUGGCCCUUCACUAUUCAGGACCUCAGGGGCCUUGGGGCCAAGAAGUUCUACGGAAAGUUCUGUGCCGGUGCCAUUGAUCAUAUCAGUAUUCGCCAACUUCAGCUCAUGCUGCUCAAAGUGGCUCUCCUCCUGGGCAUUGAAAUCCAUGUCAACGUAGAGUUCAAAGGUCUUAUUGAACCUCCUGAGGACCAGGAGAGUGAAAGGAUAGGCUGGAGGGCCGAGGUCCAUCCCAGGACACACCCUGUCAAUGAGUUAGAGUUUGACGUAAUCAUUGGAGCUGACGGCAGAAGAAACACGUUGCCAGGGUUUCGACGUAAGGAGUUUCGUGGCAAGCUUGCAAUCGCUAUCACGGCAAACUUCAUCAACAGGAACACGACAGCGGAGGCUAAGGUUGAAGAAAUCAGUGGAGUGGCCUUUAUCUUUAAUCAAAAGUUCUUUCAAGACCUCAGAGAAGCGACAGGUAUUGACCUGGAAAACAUAGUCUACUACAAGGAUGACACGCACUACUUUGUGAUGACUGCCAAAAAACAAAGCCUGUUGGAGAAAGGAGUCAUUCUGCAUGACUAUGCAGACACAGAGCUGCUGCUUUCCAGAGCAAAUGUGGAUCAGGUUGCCCUCUUGUCUUACGCCAGUGAGGCGGCAGAUUUCUCAACCAACCACCAGCUGCCCACACUAGAUUUUGCCAUCAACCACUACGGCCAGCCUGAUGUCGCCAUGUUUGACUUCACCUGCAUGUACGCAUCAGAGAGCGCCGCCAUGGUGCGCCAGCGCAAUGGCCACAAACUGCUGGUGGCAUUAGUGGGAGACAGCCUUUUGGAACCCUUUUGGCCCAUGGGUACUGGCAUUGCCCGGGGUUUCCUGGCAGCUAUGGACUCAGGCUGGAUGGUGAAGAGCUGGGCUCAGGGAAAACAGCCGUUAGAAGUUCUGUCUGAGAGGGAGAGUAUUUAUCGUCUACUGCCCCAGACCACGCCAGAAAAUGUCAGCAAAAACUUCAGUCACUACAGUGUGGAUCCCACUACACGUUACCCCAAUAUUAGCCUUAACUUCCUUAAGCCCAGCCAGGUACGGCACCUCAUAGAUACAGGAGAGUCCACAGAGAUGCGCAUUGAAAUAGAGAAUGUGAUCAACUCCUCAACGCCAAAGUUGACCAGGAAUGAAUCCAUAGCUCGAUCCAGUAAACUUCUCAAUUGGUGCCAGAGACAAACAGAAGGAUAUCGAAAUGUGUGCGUCAAAGACCUCACUAUGUCUUGGAAGAGCGGUUUGGCCCUGUGUGCGCUCAUCCACCGAUACAGGCCAGAUCUCAUUGACUUUGACUGUCUGGAUGAACGAGACCAGGAAAAGAACAACCAGUUGGGUUUUGACGUGGCAGAGCGGGAAUUUGGCAUCUCACCCUGCAUGACUGGAAAAGAGAUGUCUUCUGUGGUAGAGCCCGACAAACUUUCAAUGGUCAUGUACCUCAGCCAGUUCUAUGAGAUGUUCAAGGACACAGUGCCACCUGGAGAUCAUCAAAAUUUGAGUCCAGAGGAGAAGGUUGCUCUUAUGGCAAGCACCAAAUCUCCCAUAUCCUUCCUGAGCAAGCUUGGUCAGAGCAUAGCAAUCUCAAGGAAACGUAUUCCCAAGGACAAAAAAGAGAAAGAUGUUGACAGUUUGGGGAAGAGGAGAAAAACCAGCCAGUCUGAAGGGGGGGAGGCAUCCAAGGCUGGUCGUGAGGACACACAGGCCACUGUUCCUGGUCUCUUGUCAGAGAAGAAGAUGGACUCUGCUUCUGUAGGGAACAACAAUAAAGUCAAGGUUAUGGCUACCCAGCUGCUUGCCAAGUUCGAGGAAAACGCUCCCGCCCAGGGUUCAGGAUUAAAAAGACAGGGGGACUCACUGCCCAAUCUGGACUGUAUUUUGCACCUAUCCCCCCCCAAACCUUUUGAGCCAUUGCACCUGGCACCUGUACCAGCUUGGAGAAAGAGACGCACACAGCAGCAGGAGCAGCUGAGCAUUCGCUACAAAGAAAAGAUCAAGUGUCAGACGCUGCCCAACAAAGGGGAGCAGGCCAGAAGUGUUGCCAACGAAGCAGCCAGCUCGGGCUCUCGGAGCUGCCCAAAGAAAACCAUUCUGCUCCUUUCUUCCUCCUCCUCCACUUCUUCGCUCUCUCUCCACACUGAGCACUAUGUAAGGAUGUACACAGGGGGAGUUAGCUCAUUGGCUGAGCAGAUAGCCAGUCAGCUUCAAUCACAGGAAGACCCCAAACCAUUACCUGAGAAAAGAGAUUUGGGUUCCCUCAGAAAAGAAUUCCCUGUCAAUAUUGGAGGCAGCGAUGUUUGUUUUUUCUGUCGGAAGCGAGUGUACGUGAUGGAGAGACUGAGCGCAGAAGGCAAAUUCUUCCAUCGCAGCUGCUUCAAGUGCGAAUAUUGCGGCACAACACUUCGGCUGUCCUCCUACGCCUUCGACGUGGAGGACGGCAAAUUUUACUGCAAGCCACACUACUGUUACCGUCUGUCUGGCUAUGCUCAAAGAAAGAGACCUGCACCUUCGCCAGCUCCAACCACAUCUAAGGAGAACCAGGAACCUCCAACUGUUGCGGUGAUGGUAGAUGCCCCCGGAAGGGCGAUGGCAGUGGCAGGCCCUUCAGCUGAUAUCCGGCCCUCAGUAUCGGAAGCCAAUGGCCUACAGGAGCCAAGCCUAGCUAAACGGCUUCGUGGAACACCCGAGCGAAUUGAGCUGGAGAACUACAGACUGUCCCUGCAGAGGGAGGAGGAGCUGGAGGAGGUGCCAGAAGAGACGCUGGCAGAGCAUAAUCUCAGCAGUGUGCUGGAUAAAGCCACAGAUAUCGACCUGGGCUCCAGUAGCUCAGACUCAGACAUGGAGGAAGAAGACGAUGAACUGGAUGACCAGGAGGAGGCGGAAGCUGAGUUGGAGGAGGAGCAGCAGCUACUUCACAGUCCCUCAGACCUUGGAGGUGUCCCGUGGAAGGAGGCAGUACUGCUACACGCCCAACUUAGAGGUGACCAGUGUGACUUAGAGGAUGAGGCGCUCGCUGAACUCGACGAGGCAGCUAAUGAAGAUGAUGAUGAUGAGUCAAGUGAAGCCAAAAACUUACAAAUUCAACAAGUCCUGCAGCCUUUGGAUCCUCUUGCCUGUAUGGAGGGAACACAUGAAGUCUCUGAGACAGAUGGGAGUGGCCAACUGGCCUCAGCCUCCCAGGCCAUUGAGCUCACACAGCCCUCCUUUUCAGCCCCUGCCCACACAUCUGCCCGGCACGAAGCAGUGCAAGUCUGGUUGGAGUCAAUGUCUGGAGAACCUUGUGAGGAUGAUGAUCUGGAAGCAGAAGCAGAUAGUCCAGAUAUGGAGCCUGGAACAGAAAUGGACCAAGAUGACAUCCCCUCCGAUGCUGAAGCUGAGGCACGUUUGCACCCAUCCGUGCACAAUGGCGCUAUUCCACUGGAAAACAAAACAUCUCAAAGUGUGGGAUUGACUUUAAAUAUUGGAACAUCCAGCACUGAACCCAUACAGAAAGAAGAUGAUGCCGUCCUAUCGCCAGCCUUAUCUGCAAUGGAACCUAAAAGACAGUUAAUUGAGACAUAUUUUGACUCUGUGGUGAAGUCUCCAGAUACCCGCUUUUUCCAAGAACCAGUGGUUUCUGAGGAACCAAAAGUUGAUUGGACAACACCAUCACCAGCUUCCAAGAGCCCUUCGCCUGUCUUCAACCCUUCCCCUGUUGCUUCUCCAGCUGCUGCCUCUGUGAAGGCUUCUUUGUCCCCUCUCAACAAGUCCAAUUCAACUGUCAGCUCUCUGAUAAAUACAGCUGUCGGAACCCCUGUAAAGUCGCAUGAUGUCUCACCAAUCUGUUCCCAGCCUACUCCGCUACCAGAGACAUGCCCACCUAAAUCGCCGGUCUACCCUCACCAAUCAAUUUGCCCUCUCACAGGCAACCCACUCUCCCCAAUAUGUUCACAGCCUUUGCUCUGCCAUGAACCUUCCUCACCUGUGGCCUCUGAAUCGCCUGUCAGAACCCAGCCUAUCCCAAAUGUCACAUCAACACCCAUAGCCAGAACUGGCGGAGCCACACCAGAUUAUGAGGAUUCCUCAUCUGAUGAAUCUCUGUCAAAAAAGACCGAUGUUAUUGAGGAAUUUUGGUUAAAGAGUGCUGAGAUACGAAAGAGUCUCGGUCUUUCCCCUUUAGACCGCAGUAGUAAAAUCUUGGAGAAGAGUCUUAAGACUCCAACACAAGACUCCACCUCUGCCAAUACACAGGCUCCAGAUGUGUUAGAGGACCAGAAGCCUGCCUUUACUGGACGCACCGUGAUUCGUAGACUUAACAUCACUCUUGAAGGUCAAGUCAUUACACCCAUUGCUCCUGUGGAGGGUAAAAGUAAUGGCCCUGACACCAAAGAAUUUAGUAGCAGUUCAGGUGUGGGGCUGAACAAUAGUAUGGCAACAAGCCAAACGGCAAAGAGUGACAACUAUAUCACAUCUGACUCCAUCAUGCUCACCCCACCUUCUAGUCCACCACCGCCUGUGCCUAUUAAUCAGUCCCCUGCGGUACUCAGGCAGCAAAAACACCUGAUCUCUUGGAGCAACGGGACAGAAAAACAUCCAUGCGAGCUGGCCAAAGAACUACCAAAAACAAAGACUCCCGUUCCUACACAGAGAACCCGACUGAGUCUUGUAUCUGCACCCAAACCUGUACCCAGGAAGGUAUCGCCAUCACCAGAUCUAGCAGAGACACCUGUCGUUAUCAUGAGGGAGAAGAAGAAGCCUCGGUCAGAGGAGCUGAGGAAGUCCUUUGUAGAGACAGUAGAAGAAAUUCCAUUUGCUGAUGAUGUGGACGAAAACUUUGAUGAGCGCACGCCUGAGACCAGCAUGCAUAAGUUUUACGGUCCUCCUACCAGCAACACCAGAUUGGAGAGACCUCCCUUUCACCUGGCCUUAGCAAUGGAAAACGGAAAACCCAUUCUACCUGUGAAUCCAGCCUCCAAUAUUCAGAAGGCCACUCAGUUUUCUCCAGAGGCCAAAGAGAUAGCUCAGGAGAGGAUAAGGGCAAGAGAAAAGUCCAUUAAGAGCCAGGCUCUCAAAGAAGCAAUGGCCAAGCAGCUAGACAAAAUGAAAGCAUCCAACAUAGAAGAUGGUGGCUCACCUAAAGUGACCUGGAGUGUCACCCCAGAGGUCACUGGGAAAAGUAAAAAUUCUGCAGUAUCAAAGACAUCAGCUGUAAAGGCUCUUGAAUCAAAAAAGGCAGAGACUCUACCUGAGCGUCUCCUAAGCAGCAACAGGAGUCUGGACAGCUCCGUGGCAUCCUCUGACAGCUCGUCCACAAGUAAGAGCAAGAAACGAAGUUCACUCUUCUCACCUCGCAAAAAUAAAAAAGAGAAAAAGGCAAAGAAUGAUGGUACCCGGCUAUCAGGCGCAGAAGAGACGCCACCCAAACACAAGUCUUUGUGGAAGGCUGUCUUCUCAGGGUACAAAAAGGACAAAAAGAAGAAAGAUGACAAAUCAUGUCCCAGUACACCAUCAUCCAGCUCUACCACACAGGACUCUGGGAAGAAGAGAGCAUCCCCUGUUGGAAAGUCUGCAGAUGUUAAGUCACGCAGAAACUUGAGCUUUUCUGAGGAUUCAGAUCUGUCAUGUGACGACGUUCUGGAGAGAUCUUCCCAGAAGUCAAAGGCAGAUCGACACACGGACAUCUUUGACCUAGUAUCAGGGAUGCACAAGGAAGAGAAACUGGACAAGGAGAUGAGGAGGCAGUUAAAAGAAAGAAAAAGGGUGAAAGAGAGGCCCAAAGAAAGAGAACGGGAAAAAGCGGUUGAUCGUGAAAAGGAAAAAGACAAGGAGGAGUCUGUUUAUGUCCCUCAUGCACUGGCGUUCAAGAGAUCAUAUGCCGCAAAGAAAACGUACACAGAAGAGGAGCUCAAUGCCAAGCUCACACGAAGAGUCCAGAAAGCUGCUCGACGACAAGCAAAGCAGGAAGAACUGAAGAGGUUACACCGGGCCCAGAUUAUUCAAAGGCAGCUGGAGCAGGUGGAGGAGAAGCAAAGGCAGCUGGAGGAGAGAGGCGUGGCUGUGGAAAAGGCACUGCGAGGAGAAGCAGGGAUAUACAAAGGUACUUAUACAUUACCCAAACAGCACAAAAGAAGAUCAGACUAUUGGGGAGAUUCUAAUUACAGUGAAAUCCUGGACUUACAUCUGGGCGGCAUGGGUAAGAAGGACGAUCCUAAACUAAUGCAAGAGUGGUUCAAGCUGGUGCAGGAGAAGAAUGCCCUUGUCCGCUAUGAAUCCGAACUCAUGAUAUUUGCCAGAGAAUUGGAGCUAGAGGACCGUCAGAGCCGACUGCAGCAGGAACUGAGGGAGCGAAUGGCUGUGGAAGACCACCUGAAGAACGAGAAGGAGCUUGCACAGGAAAAGCAGAUCUUAAAUGAGAUGCUAGAUGUUGUGGAGCAACGUGAUGCCCUGGUGGCACUCCUGGAGGAGCAGAGGCUCCGAGAGAAGGAGGAAGACAAGGACCUGGAAGCUGUGAUGCUCUCCAAAGGCUUCAACCUUAAUUGGGUUUAACAAGCGUGAACUAAUUGCCCCAACGGGUCCUAGGUUGAAAUGAGCUGGAGAGUCUCUGCCUGCUUUGAUCAGCAUAGUGCGGUGAACAUGGAAAAAGACAGUUCGUCUGAAUCUGUCACACCCGCAGCGGUGAAUGUGUAAAGAUUCUUAUCAAACACACACGUGCACACACCCUGGCUGCUGCUGAGAUAGGUUGAAGCAGUCUGCAGCGUUUACAUGACCUCAGCCAACAGCCAGUCCGAGGUAAUCACUUUUACGGGUUGUACUGUCACCGUGAGUAGAAAGACAGUACAUUCGCAACUUAUCAUCACAGCCUUGAAGUGCUGGCACCUUUGGAAGCAUGUUUAAAGACUUGUUUGAUCUGGUAUUAUCUAAAGGGAAUACUGCAGUCUGGUCCUGCUGAUGUGAAGAAUUCUGUUUUGUAAAUAAUUUGUGUAGAUGCAGUAACAUUUGACAGCAGAUCAAGAGCCUCCUCCUGUCUUUGGGGAACACAAAGAGGAAUGUUAUCAAGGCUUACUCUGACUGCAGGAAGUCUAUGCUCUUCUGAAGAUCCCCUCUGACGGACUUCUUCUUCCUGAUGAACCAGAGAGACAAUAUAGAUCACUGUUUGUUCCCCCUUAACAUUGUGUUUUGUGGAUCCGCACUAAGAAGCCAUCAGAUAUGGACUUUAAUAUAUUUAUCAUCUUUUAUUAAGCAUUAUUUGCAUUCACACACAAACACACGAGUGCCCAGUAUGUUAUGUUGCACUUGUGUAAUUACAAUGCAAGGCUACGUGUACGCAAUGUUCCCGGCGGCCGUGGCAGCCCUGCUUCAUGCCACUGGGGAUAGAACAGGAUUGUCGUGAGACAAUGUCAAACGUAACAGGCCGUGAUGGCCCAACCAGAUGUUUACAUUGUCAAAACGUUUGCCACGGUGCGGCUGAGAAACCUCGUUGGCCUUAGUAUAACGGGGUACUUGGAGGCGAUCAGUAGUGAAAAAGGCAUAUUUAUCUCGCACUCACUCCCUAUAACUCUUCUAAAGCUAAGCCAUGUGGUUAAUUUACCAACAAUGCCUGCUGUGGCAUACCUUUUUGUAAUGCUAGAGAUGUGUGUGUGUGUGUGUGCGUGUGUGUGCGUGCGCGCACACCUGCAUGCGUGUGUGAGGGAGAAAGAGCACUCUACCUCUAAGAGCAUGCACACAAGCGCAGUGUGUAUGUGAAUGACAGGCUCUUUUGCAUGUUUUGGUACAAGAUGCAUUAGCGAAUGAGUUGUUAAAAGAAAACUCAUAUCAAAUAUGUAUGGAGCGGCCGUAUGAGUCCACCCCUGUGCUGACGUCCGGUAGGGGAGCGCCAUUCCACUGCCGGGGAAACAAACAUGCUCCAAAGCUGCCUUACAUUCAUCUUUCAGCCGUAGAAAGCCUUGACAGAAUAUGACAAACACGAGCGACCGCAUCAGAAAGUGACGAGCUGUGAGGGAAAAUACCGGCUGCUGAACCGCGGGCCGGAACGUAGUGCCACCUUUGAGCCUCCGGGAUUCAGUCACCGCCCGUCUCCCACGGCCCAUCACGGAUACUGUGAUAGCCGCUAAGAAAACUUAGGAAUACGGAGAAACAUAAUGGCCAGCAUCCCAUGCUUCAAACGGGGCUGCAGUGGCUGCUGGGAACAUAGUGUAAAAGUAACCAGUAAAGACUGCUGCCAUAGCGAAUACCUGUUUUAUUUUGUCCCACCUUACAGGGACACACACUACAGACGUAAGCCCAUUUGUCACUUUAUUAGGUACACGAUUGAAGAGUGUAAUAAUUCACCAUCCAUGAAUUGAACUUUUCCCUGCUGUUUAUUGUCCCAGAAAAGCAAUGAAAAGGUACCUUGUCAGUUGUACGAUGUACUGCACAGUGAAAGUUGUUCUGUGCAUUCAACCUAUCUCUGAGAAGGAUUGGGGAGCGAGGACGAGAAAACUCACAUGGACAUGGGGAGAACAUGCAAACUCUAAAGCCCCACAGUCAACAGGACUACAUAGAAUUUGGCCCUGGUCCAUCGCAUUUUUAGAGGGUUAUUUUGAGAGCCUUAUUUAUUUUAAAGCUCAGCAGAGGGCUGAUCUGGCAAAGGUCACGUCAGCAUAUGUUCCUUUUUAGCACUUUGACUGUUCCCACAAGUAAGAAACGCUGUCAAUUGUAAAGGAUGGUCAUUCAAAGAUGGUUGAGCUCAAAGAUCAAGUCUGCAUGUUGCUUUUCAGCACUCUGGCAAGUGCAGUUUUCAGCCAGCUUUUAUUUUGGUGAUUGUGUAAUGUAAAAGACCCUACUGAUUCUGCAUACCAUGGGAUGAAAAUUUUAUUCGAGGACAGGGUUACAAGAUAUCAAAACAAUGUAUUUAUUAGUUUUACCUUUCAACAGAUUUCCUCAGUUUUUAAUUCACCUGACUACACAUGACCUUUUCUUUUUUUUUUUUUUUUUUUUUUUUUUUUUUUUUCUUCCCCUCACACAAUCAUUGGUCUUUAUAUGGUUUGUUUGCCAGGUGAUUCCUAAUAUUUACCCGAUUUAAUGAAAUUCAAUGGUGUAUGUAAUAUCUUAUGCACUGCCUUUCCACCUGCUCUCCUGGACACACAAUAUGUCAACCUUUCUCCUAAUCAUCAUGUCAACCAACUACCAAGCUUUUCCUGUCAUAGUCCCAACAUUCAAAGUGCCCACAUUUGGUUCUAGGCUCUGUGCUUUCCUCUUCUCUUUCUGCCCAAGACCCGCUUUCCACCACCUCUCCUUUGUCUUCGACCCACAGUGGCUGCAUUUCCACCAGCGCCUUGUAGGUUAACAGCGCCGGUGGCAGAAGUUGUUAACCUCUGCCACGAUCAAUUCGGUAUGGAAUUUUUAUGGAACGCUCAUUUUUUCCGUCAAAACUUUUAAGCUGAAUGCCCGUCCUGACGAAGCCUCCACAUUUAUCUGGGAUUGGCCUGCAGUUUGCACUGGCUUGUGCCUCCCAUAUGGCUGCAUUAUUAUUAAAAAUAGAUGGCUGGAUACACAAACACAGUGGCUGAAAUAAGUAUUUAACACAUCACCAUUUUUCUCACUAAAUGUUUCCAAAGGUGCUAUUGACAGGAAUAUUUUACCAGAUGUUGGGAACAAGCCAAGUGAUCCAUACAUAAAAACAAACGCACACACAAACCGACAAACUCAAGGUCGAUAAAAGAAGCCCCACAGAACCUUCAAGAUUUGAAGACUGCUUGUGUGGAGAAAUGGGCCAAAAAUCACACCAGAGUGACUAGUUUCUCCAUACAGGAGCCGUCUUGAAGCUGUCAGUGCAAACAAGCUUUUGUAUAAAGUAUUAAAUAAAUACCACUUGGCGUGUUCAAUACUUUUUCCCUGUGGUAUUUCACAUUAUUACAACUUAAUUCCUGAUCUUAUUUGUUCUACUUUCUUUGUAUGUAUGGAUUACUAACUUCUGGUGAAUUUUUCAUGUCAAUAGCCCCCCCGGAAAUAAUAUAUUUACUGACAAAAAUUGUGACGUGUUAAAGCUGCUGUGUAUCUUGCCCUCCUUACUCUUCUUUUCUCGCGCGGUCCAAACUGAAGACUCUAAAUUGUUUGUAUGGGAGUGUGAAUAGAUGUGAUUGAAAAGUGGUCAGUCCAGGGUUUCCAGUCAGCUGGGAUUGGCGCUGGCUUCCCAGUGACCUUGAAAAAGCAAAAAACUGUACAAAAUUCAUGAAAGGACGGUUUCAGGGAGGUUGCGUUGUUUUACGUUUGUAUUUUGGAGCUAAUAAAAUGUCGAGGGAAACCACACAAGCGUUUCAUGUGUUCAACAGGGAAGGGCCCCCUCUUCCGUAUGAAAUUCAUUGUAUAUCUAAUGUUUACAAACACUUGUCCAUAUCCUGUCUUGUAUUUUGUUUCCGACAAUAGCAUGCAACUGAGGAGAUUCACACACAUUUCAGAAAGUGGGAGUGUUCAUACGUACAGAUGCCCUUUUCGAUUUUACCAUCCUUUAGGCCUGGGUUUAUGUCUCAGUGGACGUACAGGUUUUUACUUGGGGUUUUUUCUGCAAAUCUUUUUUAAGGGUCUCUAAAAAAUAAUUUUAAGUUUAAUUUGAGGUUCUGGAAUAAUGCAAAUGCUGUGAAUAUUUUGCAUCAAAUUGGACCAUGAGGGACAGGUCAUAUAGACCUUUAAACAAAAACAAAAAAAUCACUGUUUUCCGAGCACAUGCAGUACGUGUUAUGUAUGUGCUGUGAGUUGAAACACAGUUACACAAUUCUUCUGGUUGUAGAUUGAGUGUGAUAAGUGUGACAUGAUUGUAUUGAUAUUUAUUAAUGUGUGAAAACUGUAUUAUAUGUAAAGUAUAAGAAUCCUAAUUUUUAAACCGUUCUGUUGACACACGACUUAUGUAAAUGUUUUGUGUAGCUAAAAAUGCUUAUGGGUGUUGGAUGUAUGCUGCAAACAGCAAUAAAACAAUGCAGUUUUCCUUUCUAA